AUGGGGAUUUCUCACGUUUUCUGCAGGUUCUUCCAUCACUUUAUGCUUCACAAGGGAGGUAGUGUUGCUAACGAGAACAGCGAUAAAAGCAUCAGCCCCGAUUUAGCAUCGUCGCCGAGUAAGAGACACCGUAUCGAUAUCACUGAUUCUACUGCGUCCGAUAAGAGAUCGAUGAAGAUCUACACAGCAGGCAGCUUCAUGUACGGACGUGAGAUGAUGAGGCGUCUCUUUGCUUCUAACGUGCUCAUCUCUGGGAUGAACGGCCUUGGAGCCGAGAUUGGGGAGUCAAAUGAAACUGUGACGGGGGCUCAUACGAUCGGGCAUGUGGCAGCGACAGUGAGCAUGUCCAAAGUGGCAGUGUCCUUCACACACAUCAUCAAAAGCGGUGAACCAGCCUUCAGCAUCCUCGUCUCAAGUCUCUUCUUAGGCGACACAUUCCCUCUGCCUGUUUACCUUUCUCUCUUGCUAAUCAUCGGAGGCUGUGCUCUCGCUGCAGUCACCGAGCUCAAUUUCAAUAUGAUCGGGUUUAUGGGGGCAAUGAUAUCGAAUUUGGCGUUUGUGUUCCGGAACAUAUUCUAUAAAAAUGGGUUGUAGAGGAAGUCAGCAAAGCAGUGAGGAGAUGCGGUUUUCACAGGCGAGUUCGAUGCACCGAAAUUACUGAGAGCAGAGAACACGAUAAAAAGAACAUUCCUGUGAAGAUCUCAUGAGGGAUAUGUAAGCGUUGGAUCUGAGCAAAUGGAGUUGGAAGUCAACGGCUUAAGAUCUUGGCAUACUACUACGAUAUGUAUAAAAUAGUUUUUUUACCUUCUUGCUGUAGGAUCCAAAGUUUAACUAAUUGAAUAAUCUAGCUAAAAGCUUAGACAAGAUCACUAAAUAUAUUAUAUUUUCUGGUUGUUAAUUUGUAACUUGAAGUCUACUUUGAAAUAAACGUAGGUAAUUUUUAC